AUGUCCGAAGCUCCGUGCAACAGCCGCCAGUUGCGGUACGACAAUGUUGGAGGCGUCCGUUCAGCCGCGUCAAACGUCCAAGCAACGCCUUCGGUACGCACCGUGCAUGCACUGAACUAUCUCUUCAGCGGCUUUCGCGUGCUCGGCAUCUACAUGCCCGCCCGCCGUAAGUGGCUCUACGCGCUCUAUGCGCUCAUUCCACAUGUGCUGGUCACCAUUUGGCUGCCACUGUCCUUCGUCUUCAGCUAUGCCACCAUGUCUGCCGCAGACUUGGAACCCAGCAGCCUGCUCACCUCCAUUCAGGUCGCCAUCAAUGUGAUUGGGUGUUCGGUGAAAAUUGUUGUUAUGGCUUUUCUGCUGCCAAAGUUGCGUACCGCUAAUGCGUUUAUGGAUCGCUUGGAUGCGCGUUGCCGCGAUGAGGAUGAAAUUUGCGAGUUGCGUAAGAUUGUGCGUCAGGGUAAUCGUUUCGUGGUGCUCUUUGCCAUGUCCUACUGGAGCUAUGCGACCAGCACUUUCCUCGGCUCGGUGUUCUUUGGCCGUCCACCCUAUGCGUUGUACAAUCCGUUCCUCGAUUGGCGCAAAUCGAAACUAGAGUUCAUAGUAGCGUCGCUGAUUGAGUUCGCACUCAUGGACGUGGCUUGCUUUCAGCAAGUGGUAGACGACUCUUAUGCGGUCAUCUAUGUGUGUAUACUACGCACGCAUAUGAACAUUUUAUUGAUACGCUUAAGGAAGUUGGCCACGAAUGCAGAACUGAAUGCGGAGCAGAAUUUGGAAGAACUGAAACUUUGCAUUGUGGAUCACAAGAAUCUACUGGGACUCUACAACAUCAUUGCGCCUAUAAUUUCUGUGACGAUCUUCAUCCAAUUUAUGAUAACCGCCACCAUACUCAGCGCUACGCUUAUCAAUAUCUUCGUUUUCGCCGAUCAGUUCUCAACACAAAUCGCCUCCUGUUUCUAUAUACUGGCCGUGGUGGUAGAGAUCUUUCCGCUUUGCUACUACGCGCAGUGUCUCAUGGACGAUAGCGAACGCCUAUCGCAGCAGAUCUUUCACGCAAAUUGGAUAGAACAGGACGUGCGUUUUAGGAAAAUGAUGGUUUUCUUCAUGCAGCGCACUCAGCACGUGAUGGAACUUAAUGCCGGCAAGAUAUUUCCCAUAACAUUGGGCAGCUUUCUGAGUAUUGCGAAAUUCUCAUUCUCAUUGUAUACGCUGAUCAAGAAAAUGGGCAUUAGGGAGCGAAUGGGGCUGGAAUAAUGGCAAGCAGCAGUAGUCUCUUCAUGAAAAUCUUCUUAAUUCUAAACAAUAAAAAUUGUGGGCCAAACUUCGAUUAAA